AAUAAUUUUGUAUAAUUACUAGCUUAUAAAUAUAGGAUAAGCUAAAUAAUAAAAUUAUUCAUUCAGGAACCGCGUUGUGUUAAACAAAUUAUGCCACCUUUAGUUGAUCCAAUUCCAAGUGGAGUUUUAUUCGAAACAGACACACAGACACCUGAUCUCGGUCUCGCUAAAGAUGUAACAGUCUUAAAAAAGGCAACGCCAAAAAAACAUGAAUACGUGUGGUUCAACAUUUUUUGGUUCCUUUAUCUGCACCUCGCUUCUUUAUAUGGAAUAUACUUAGUAUUUACUUCAGCAAAAUGGCAGACAAAUGUAUUCGCAUUUGCAGUACAUUUAAUGUGCGCCAUCGGCAUCGGCGCUGGAUCUCAUCGUUUGUGGACACACAGAAGUUUUAAGGCACGGACUCCUUUGAGAAUACUUCUCAUGAUAUGGCAAACUAUGGGAUUUCAGGAUUGUAUAUUUGAGUGGGCGAGAGAUCACCGCACCCACCAUAAGUAUGCAGACACAGAUGCGGAUCCACACAACGCUGAACGAGGCUUGUUUUUCUCCCACAUGGGCUGGCUCUGUUGCAAGAAGAGUCCAGAAGUUAUCGAAGGAGGACGCAGAAUAGAUCUCUCAGACCUUUAUGCUGAUCCUGUUGUUAUGUUUCAAAAGAAGCACUAUAUGAAAAUGAUGCCUUUAUUAUGUUUCGUUCUACCGACGAUCAUACCUGUAUACUUUUGGGAUGAAACGUGGACGAACGCGUUCUUUAUCCCAACUAUCCUACGGUACACAAUUGGAAUCAACGUUGUCUGGAGUAUCAAUAGUUUUGCUCACACAUUUGGAUACAGGCCUUAUGACAAAUCUUUGAACCCACGUGACAAUAUUGGUACAUGGAUGAUCUGCGUAGAGGGAUUCCACAACUAUCACCACACAUUUCCAUGGGAUUACAGGGCGACAGAGUACCCUUUGUAUAAUAUGCUCACGCCGACGAUCAUGUUCAUUGAUGCUAUGGCUAUGAUCGGCCAAGCCUACGAUUUAAAAAGUGUAUCACCAGACAUCAUAAAGCAACGUUCACAACGAACAGGGGAUGGUACGCACUAUUUAUGGGGCUGGGAUGACCCGGAAUUCACAGAAAAACUAAAGGAAAAGUACGGACGCAUCGACAGCCCUGAAGAAAAGAAAACAUUGUGAACUACCAAAGAAUGAUAGUCGUUGUUGUAUCAACCUUCACAAUAUUUGACUUGUAACAUAUUUUUAAGUUUAGAAUUAAUAUCAUGAUUGUCUUAUUGUGUAAAUAUGGCAUUAACCUGUUAAUACUUAUUGUGUUUUUUAAAAAAUAAUAAAUUUAAUUAUAUAUGGUAGAUGUAUUGCAAGUUCAUAUUGCAAAUUUUACACUUAUUUCAUUUCUCGCCGAUAGCCUGACUCCUAAACUAGUAUGAAAGAAAAUGUGAUCAGAUGGAGAAUAAAACCUCAAACUUAACAUAUAUUAAAAUUAAUAUUUCAAUACAAUUUAUGAUUUAAAGGAAAAUCAGAGAUAACUACUACUAAAAAUGGUAUUUCCAUUAAUUUAGUACAGACAUGACACAUAUCGAUCUUGUGCACUAAUUACAUACACACUUGACUCGUGUCAUACUUGAAACGUUACGCCUCUUGUUAACUUUUGCUAGGAAAUUGGUACAAAAUUAUUUUAUAGUAGGUACCUAUAUGUAGAGAUAGAAAAAUAAAUUCGUAUUUUAUAGACAAUAGACAAAUUUUUGAUACUUUA